AUGGUUUCCUUCAAGAGUAUUCUCGCCGUUCUUGCUGCAUCAAGCUCCUGUCUCGCAUCUCCAUUAACCAACCCAGCUCGUAGAGAUGGGGACUUUAAGAGUAGCGUUGUUGAGAGUCUUUCUGGACCUCCACUUGGAUGGGCCAAAGAUGAAAGUCUGAAGUUGAACAAGGAGGAUAUGAAGAUUUCUUUGAGGAUCCACCUAGUGCAGCAAGACAUGGAUAAAUUCCACGAGUUGGCCAUAAAUAUUGCUACACCCGGUCAUGACCUAUACGGAAGUCAUUUAUCCCAGCAUGUGAUUGAUGCCAUGAUUGCGCCCAAGGAUGAAUCCAAAGAUCUCGUCAUGCAAUGGCUCGAGAGUGAAGGAAUGAGCGAUGAGGCAAGCCUGUCUCCGCGAUUGGACUCUGUCUUGAUCCAGACCACUGUCGACAAGAUUGAAAAGCUUUUGAAGGCAGAGUACAGUGCAUUUAUUCACGCUACGACUGGAGACGAAGUUCUCAGGACUCUUGAAUACAGCCUCCCCGAUGUCCUCAAGGGUCACGUGGACAUGGUUCAGCCAACGACUUUCUUUGGUCUCCGAGCCCUGAAAUCCACAAUUUCAGCGGUGCGCCCCGUAAGUCAGAAGCAACAGCCCGACUUGAACAGCACUGGGCCCGUUUCAGCAGUGACAGGAUGCAGUGGAGGCCAAAUCACACCAACAUGCCUCGCUCACCUAUACAACUUUGCAUCCUCCACAUCCACUCAGACCACUGGCAAAUUCGGAAUUGCAGGAUUUCUCGAACAGUACGCUAUCAAGUCCGAUCUCUCAACGUUUUUGGACAGCUAUGCGGUAUUCAGUAACGAAGAUACGUCCUUUACUUGCACAGCAGUCAACGGCGGUUCCUGCACGUCUUCAACUGCUGGAGAUGAAGCAAAUCUUGAUGUCCAGUACGGACGAGCCAUUGCGAAGAGUAUCCCCAUCACCUUCUACAGUGUAGGGGGAUUAGGAGAGUGGGUCGGCAGCGGGACCAACACCAACGAGCCAUACCAGGAGUUCCUCACAUAUCUCCUUGGUCUCACGGACGCCAAUCUCCCGAAUACGCUAUCCAUAUCCUACGGCGACGAUGAAGCCACAGUCCCAAAUUCAUACGCUACCAAUGCCUGCAACCUGUUCUCCCAGCUCGGCGCGCGUGGUGUGUCCAUUCUCGUAGCAGCAGGUGACAGUGGAGUCGGAGAUACCUGCACCGUUGACGGAACUAAACAGUUUACAACUGCCUUUCCCGCAUCAUGUCCCUUUGUAACCACUGUCGGAGGUACCACAGGAACCUCUCCGGAGAGCGCCUGGACCGAUGGUGGUGGCGGCUUCUCCAAUCUGUUCGCUCGGCCUAGCUACCAGUCGUCAGCCGUGAGCAGCUGGUUGUCAACCGACACUACCCACACAAGCUUUUCAAAGUACUUCAACUCAUCCGGACGUGCCUAUCCUGAUGUGGCUGCCCAAGCUACAGACUUCGUUAUUGUAGUUGGGGGCGAAGAGGAGGAAGUCGAUGGAACGAGUUGCGCAACACCAACGUUUGCAGGUGUUGUGCAGCUAUUGAACAGUGCCAGAAUCGCGAGUGGGAAGGCAGGUCUUGGGUUCUUGAACCCGUGGCUGUAUGGAAAUGCUACCAGUGCGUUGACAGAUAUCAGCUCGGGGAAGAUCACAGGGUGUAGUGGGGUCAUCACCAGUGCUGGAUUUGAUGCUGUGACAGGUUGGGAUCCUGCGACUGGGCUUGGGACUCCGAACUACGCUAAACUUCUUACUAUCGCGCAAGAUACCGCUUAA